UUUUUUAUUUUUGGUGAUUCUAAAAGACGGCUAGAAAAGACAAGCACCACUGCUCUCCUCUCUAACAUCUUCACUGGCAUCGCAAGAUAUGGAUGUUUAGGGAUGCAUUCGUUGUUAUUGCGGUUGCAGGGGCAACUAUGUUAAAUAGAAAUGAUACCAAUGAAGCUACACUUUGGCAGAAAGAAAGUAAAAAUCAAAGCAGAGAUCGUAACGAUCUUCGUCAUCAUCGACAUCGAUAAUGGCGCCGGUGGGAUUACCUCCGGGUUUCAGGUUCCAUCCCACCGAUGAAGAGCUUGUCAAUUACUAUCUCAAGAGGAAAAUCAGUGGCCAAGAGAUUGAACUUGAUAUUAUUCCUGAAGUUGAUCUCUACAAAUGUGAGCCUUGGGAAUUAGCAGAAAAAUCAUUUUUGCCAAGUAGAGACCCGGAGUGGUACUUCUUUGGACCAAGGGAUAGAAAGUACCCUAAUGGGUUCAGAACAAAUAGAGCAACAAGAGCUGGAUAUUGGAAGUCUACCGGUAAAGAUAGAAGGGUAACAAGCCAGAGUAGAGCAAUUGGGAUGAAGAAGACGUUGGUUUACUACAGAGGGAGAGCACCACAGGGGAUUAGAACCGAUUGGGUAAUGCAUGAAUAUCGUCUUGAUGACAAAGAGUGUGAAGACAAUUCUGGCAUUCAGGAUUCAUAUGCACUGUGUAGGGUGUUCAAGAAAAAUGGAAUCUGCUCAGAGAUUGAAGAACAAGGACAAUGUAAUAUAUCAUUCAUGGAAAGCAGUACCACACAAGGAGUGGUAAUCAAUGAGUGUGAAACAAUGUCUCCAGAUCAGGCUCAAAUGGCAUCUUCUUCAUGUGUGGAAGAAGAAGAUAAAGAUGAUUCAUGGAUGCAGUUCAUCACAGAUGAUGCAUGGUGUUCUUCUAAUGCUGCUAAUAUUGGAGCUGAAGAUAUUUCUCGUGUGGCUUUCACAAAUUAAUAUUAAUUAAUGGGUUUAUCAUAUAUAUGAUGAUUGGAGGUAAAUAACAAUGUGGUGGAUGGAUAUAUUUUAUCUUUCUCAUAAAAUAAGAUAUAUAAUUUUAUACCCUUUUACCGCAAGGAAAAAAAAAAAAAAACAAAAAAGUAAAGAAUUUAAGGGUUUGUAAGAUUUAUUAAUCUUCAUUUUGUAGAUUAAUUAUUUCUCAUUAAUUGGAUGUAGUUAUUUUCUAUUGGGUGGGUUUUGGUUGGUGACUUAUCUCUCUGUAGGGUCCAAUUAUCUUCAUGUGGCUCUAUAGAUUUUGAUAUAUUAACCUCUUUCUUUUGAGGUGGUUUUUUUUUUUUUUUAAUUUUUUUAUUUUGGUGUUAUUUGUGGAAUUAAUAAAGGACAAAAAUCAUUGUCGUUGCUACCUCAUGGGUUUGUAAUACUUUAUCUCAAUUCUACUUCCUCCAGCUUUUACAUCCCCUAUUCACGGUUAUAUUGAAAAAAAACAAAAAAAAAAAAACAAAAAAAUGAUGGAAGGAAACUGAAUCUUCUAUCUAUUAUUUGGAAAAUAAAAUAACAAAAAUAUCCUAUAACAAAAUAAAACAAAAUACAAAAUGAGAAAGGAAAAAGACAAAAGAAAACAGCCAAAAACAAUUAUAAAUAAAUAAAUAAAUAAAGGGAACGCUCCCUCUCCCCCUCUCCUUUUCUGUCCUUGACAGCCCCUGUGAUUAAGGACACUGGACAUUGAUUAUUUUUUGGCUAAGAAAAGAACAACUAAAACUAACCACCAUGUUAGCUUUUACAAUUUGUCUAGAAAUCUAUGGCUCCUUGACUUAGCAUAUAAAAAUGCUAGAAACAGAACAUAC